AUGUCUGACCCUCUGAGUAUUUCUGCCGGCAUUGUAGGCCUUCUACAGGCCGUCAAGAGCGUUUAUGGAUUGAUUGAUAGCAUCAAAGAUGCCCCGGAGACUCUUACCCGCGCCGGAGAUGAUCUCAAGUCGACCGACAGCAUCCUAGACGACUUGAAACGGUAUACUGAGGCGUCCCCGCAAGCCCUGCCAGCAUCCCACGCGCUUACGGACCAGAAAUCUGCUCUGAGCUCAGUGCUCACGGAAUUCAAGAAACUGUGCGAUGAUUUCCACAAGAAGCUGGAUAGUUGUGUUCGCCAUUCAGCUGAAGGCAGCAAGCUAAGUUGGACAGACCGGGUGAUGACGAGUCUGAAGAAGGGAAGCAUCGAAAAGUUUCAAGCGGAAGUGUGUAAAGCGAGGCAACUCAUCAGCCUGAGAGUGGACAUGAUUUCCCUCUCCACCACAGAGCAGAACACCGCAGAGAUCCACGAUUUCCAGCGAAAGAACGAAACCGCCAUGGCAGAGAUCAUCCAGCAACUAGCGGGUCUCCACAUAACCAUGCACAAUCUCCAAGCGCUCUCUGACGAGUCUUCAGAGUUGUUGGAGAGAGCGUUCAAGGACCAAGAAGCUGCACUGAAGGAACAACUCCGCUUGUGUGAGGAGAACCGAGCCGCGGCUAACAGUCAAACGCGCAACAAGCAAGAGUAUGGUGAUACCAUUCUCGGAGACAACGUGCGAUACGCUCAGUUCUUGGAUCUGAACAAGGCAAAAGGCUCAUUUGAGCAGAAGUAUGGGGAUACGGUAGUUGGCAAUGGGACGUGGGGCGCCCAGGGUGCCAUGGACGGGGCUAUAGUGGACAGGCUGCUGAAUGGACCUGCUGCCAUUAGCCAACCAGAGAGAUUUAAGGGACCUGGAAGGCGGCUAGGUGGAAAUGUUGUGAGUUUGAAUGACGUUCAGAGCGGGCCGAUACCUGAAACGAAGAAGUAA